GUGAAACUGGGUUUUGCUGUUUUUUGGAAAAAAUGAGAAGAGACCUUGAGCAAAGUGAAGCAAAUUCCACUCACCAUAAACCACCAUCGUUGAAGCUCCUUGACUCUUCUCUCAGGCUCUGUGUAAUUCCUCUCAGUGCUGCAACCAUUUGGGUGACUGUCACCAAUCAGCAGGAUAACAGCAGCUAUGGCAGAUUGGAGUACACCAAUCUAAUGGGUCUCAAGUACAUGAUUUUGAUUAGUGCUGUAACUGGUUGUUAUGCUCUCCUUGCUGCUAUCUCCUCAUGGAUCAAAUGCUUGGUAACUAAAGCCUGGCUUUUCUUUGUCUCCGACCAGAUCAUAGCAUACUUACUGGUGACAUCGGGAAGUGCAGUGUUAGAGAUAUUAGACUUAACCUACAAUGGCGAUCGAGAGAUUACGUGGAGCGAAGCUUGUUCAUCUUUUGGAAACUUCUGCCACAAAAUCAAAGUUGCAGUCAUUCUUCAUGCUUUUCUCCUUUCUUGUUUCGUUAUUCUAUCUGUAAUCUCAGCUUUUAGGGUUUUCAGUUUCUUUGGCCCUCCUUUUCUUUCCUCUCAAAAUCAGGAAGAAGAAAAGAACUAAUGUAAUUUAAUGCCAAAAGAAUUAAUAAUUUUAAGCAUGAUUUGGAUUUUUUUUUUUAGGAAUUACAAUUGCU